AUGGCCAUGACAGCUUUCUGUCACGGUCUGACGUCAUCAGACGGCGGCACCGCGCCGCCCUGCUGGAUCUGCCUCAGCUCCGAAGGCAUCCCCGCGCACCCCUGCGCCUGCCCGCGCGCCGCGCACCCGCGCUGCCUCGCGCGGUGGCAGCUGCAGCAGGCGGGGCGCCCGGAGGAGGUCGAGUGCCGCUUCUGCGGCGCCGGCUACGGCGACUGGCGAGAGCAGCUCGCGCCCGACCCUGGGCUGGCGCCGGCCACGCCGGUCAUGGCGGUCAACGCCGGCGGCCGCGUGCACAAGAUACGGGUGCAGCCCGGCCCCGAGGGCAAGGCUGCCUUCCGCCGGGAGGUGCGUGUGAAUUUGGGUUAG